AUGGUUCCCUACCUUCCCCCAGAGCUCACAGAUCACAUCAUUGACUAUUUGCACACCGACUCUCGCUCCCUCGCGGCAUGCGCUCUGACGUGUCGUCAAUGGCUUCCGGCAUCUCGCUAUCAUCGCUUCGGGCACAUCAUGCUUCAAAUUCACACCUGCAUGAAGUUCGCAUGGCUGCUCGAAGCGUCACCAGAGCUCGCGCGCGCGGUCCGUUCCAUCAAGCUGCACAAUCUACUCUACGUUGUCAGGGCGUGGAACAAUGUGUCUCUGGAAUUCUUGGGGGCCCUGACCGCUGUCACCGAGCUCACCCUGGAUAACAUGAGAAUGGCAGGUGGCGUCCACAGGGCCUUCCUUCGCACCUUGCCCGCCCUCCGGGAAUUAACCCUUCGUGAUUGCUGGUUCGAAACACUACAUGACUUCGCUGCGCUGCUUUCCUCCUUCCAGAACCUGGAGUAUGUGUCGAUUUCACUCCUAAUAGGGCUCACUUAUGCGGUUGAACCGCCACUCCCGUCUCUGCCUCCUGGGUUGCAUACGAUAGAGCUCGCGGAGCUCGUGUGGGAUCGCAUCCCCGCACUUGCGUUGCUCAACUGGCUCAAGGACAUCCCGAACCCCCGAACAAUUUUGACCCUAUCAUGUAAUGUUAUGUGGGAAGUGUGGCCAACAGAGGUGCUGUUGGACAUCUUCGGGUCGCAUCUGCAGCACUUCGAGUUCGUCGUGAAGAGCGAAGCUUCGUUGGACAGCGUUCUCGGCAAGGACGGAUUCUCGUUGUCGGGUUUGCCUUGCCUGCGAUCGUUCGCGCUCCGACUGUACGUCGCAACAAUGUGUGUCCGGCAGAACCGAGACCUCCUCUGGAUCCCAAAGCUGCUCGCCCAGCUACGCUCCCCUCGCUUGCACCAAGUCACACUGUCACUCCAUAUCGACGACAUGCAGGACCUGAGCGCCUUGGCUUCAGAAAACGCCGUCCGGAAGCUGUCCCGAGCAAGCUACGCAGAUCUCACCGCGCUGGGCUGGGAAAGCAUAUGCGAGACGGUUGCUCGGGAAGACUUCUCUUCGCUCCAAAAAUUUGUCAUAGAAGGCAAAGGACCUACAAGUUUUCUGGAGGCAUAUAUCGAACGCGAAUACCCGGACCUGCACCAACGUGGAGUCAUCGCGUUCGCGUGA